AUAUUAGCAGAAAGGGGUCUGUAGAUUUCCAGGUAAGGAAUAGUUGAGUACUUAUUUAGAUACCACAUUUCUGCAAAGAUUUCUUUCAGAGUAAUUUCCCGCAGUAAUAUGACAAAGGAAGGGAGGAUACGCCAUGAAACGAGGGUUGCCAUGUGUGAUGUUGACACCAUUGUGAAGAAAGGAUUUUUAUAGCGAAUACUCGACAGAAGCACAGCAACACUGGAAACUGUGAUAAUAGAAAAUGUGUUGCCGGGAACUGUAAUUCAUACCGAUAAAUUUACAUCUGCGCCCUUAUCUAAUUAUUGAAAUACACGUCUUGGAUCUUUUCCUUUUGGCCGGCACAUAGAAAAAAUAAAUUUUGGUAACUAAACACUUUCAAAUUUCGUAUACUGGUAGAAUGUGUCAUUUAAAACAUCAUUUACUCUUGGCGUUUUAAAGAAAAUUCUAUAUUUUCCAAGUUAUUUCGUGUUAAAGUUGUCGUAUUUCGGUAAUUUCAAUCGAUCAAUGACGUCUAUUGAGGUGAAAAUGAUGCUUUAAAUGACACAUUCUACCAGUAUACGAAAUUUGAAGGUGUUUAGUUACAAAUUUUUUUUUCUAUGUGCUGGCCAAAAGGAAAAGAUUCCAAUACAGUCAUAAUCUACAACAUCCGUAGCGUAUUUGUUGAAAACUUUAUUAGAAAAUAUACUUUUUUCUGGAAGUUGACUUCUGAGGUCCAUGUAAUCGAUUUACGCACUACGCCUCCUCCGAAAUUGCUGGCCUUGUGCCAAAAUGAGAAAUCAAUGUUUCAUGCGCAUGCGCACUAAACGUACUUCCGCCUCCAUCAAGGCUGGUGUGACUGAUUCCAGAUUUUCUUUUGAUCGACUCCCAAACGCAUUUAUAAUACAUUUCUCUACCACCCGACUCACUUAUAACAACAACACUGUCCUUUAUAAAAACAUUUCCAAUAUCAGAUGACAUUGGAAUAACUGAAGAUACAUUCUCAUUAUUUAUCUUCUUUUAAAGACCAAAAUGAAAAUAUUGUACAGAGCAGAUAUAGAAGAUUGUUUCUAUAAGUCUAUGGUAGAAUUCCUCUGAUAUAUUUACUCUGAAAUGUGUUAUUAGCAAACUUUGUGGACAUCACUGGCUGGAGUGUCUACAAGAUGAGUCUGGUUGCAAAUUAAACUUGGAUAAAUUUACUAAAGAGUUUUGGGACAAAGGUAGUCUGAGACAGAAACACGAUAGCAGAAAUAUUUGUAAACAAAAACUAUAUAAACAAGAAAAAAGAAAAAACAUAAAGAAGUUGUGAUUUUAGAAGAAAAAUAAUGGAAAAAAAUGAAAAACUAAAGGAACUAAUUUUUCCUGAUGAUAAAAAAAAGGAGACACCAAAAUUGUUACAUGACUGUGAUGUCUGUAAGAAGUCCUUCUCGCAAAAGGGUAACUUGAAUAAGCACAAACGUAUUCAUACAGGGGAGAAGCCAUUUCACUGUGAUAUCUGUGGUAAAUCAUUUUCUGUAAGUAGUUACUUAAUUAGUCACAGACAUAUUCAUACAGGAGAGAAGCCGUAUCAUUGUGGUGUCUGUGGUAAAUCAUUCUCUUUAACUAGUAACUUAACUAAACACAAGCGUAUUCAUACAGGGGAGAAGCCAUUUCACUGUGACAUCUGUGGUAAAUCAUUCUCUGAAAGUGGUAAAUUGACUAACCACAAACGUAUUCAUACUGGAGAGAAGCCAUUUCACUGUAAUGUCUGUGGUACAUCAUUCUCUGACCGAAGUGCUUUAAAUUCUCACAAACGUGUUCAUACAGGAGAGAAGCCAUAUCAGUGUAACAUCUGUAGUAAAUCAUUCUCUCAAAGUAGUGCUUUAACUUCUCACAAACGUAUUCACACGGGAGAGACACCAUAUUCCUGUAAUAUUUGUGGUAAAUCAUUUUCUGACAACAGUGCUUUAACUUCUCAUAAACGUAUUCAUACAGGAGAGAAGCCAUAUCACUGCAAUAUCUGUAACAAAUCUUUCUCUGUCAGUAGUACUCUAACUAAUCACAAACGUAUUCAUACAGGAGAGACACCAUAUUAUUGUGAUAUCUGUGGUAAAUCAUUCUCUCAGAGUGGCAACUUAGCUUCUCACAAACGUUUCCAUACAGGAGAGAAGCCAUAUCACUGUGAUAUCUGUGGUAAAUCAUUCUCCGUGAGUUGUAACUUAGCUGAACACAAAUAUAUCCAUACUGGAGAGAAGCCAUAUCAUUGUGAUAUCUGUGGUAAAUCAUUCUCUCAUAGUAGUAACUUUGGUAAACACAAACUUAUUCAUACAGGAGAAAUGCCAUAUUCUUGUGAUAUCUGUGACAAAUCAUUCUCUCAAAGUAGUGACUUAACUAGACACAGACGAUUUCAUACAGGAGAGAAGCCAUAUCGCUGUGAUAUCUGUGGUAAAUUGUUCUCCAGAAGUAGUUACUUGACUACACACAAACGUAUUCAUACUGGAGAGAAGCCAUAUCCUUGUGAUAUCUGUGGUAGGUCAUUCACUCAGCGUAACAACUUAACUUCUCACAAACGUGUUCAUACAGGGGAGAAGCGAUACCGCUGAUAUUUGUGAUAAAUCAUUGUCUGUAAGUGGUUACUUAACCCUUUACCAUGAAGAUUAUUCCCUCAGAUGUUUGUUGUUUAUAGUUUCAGCUUAGAGCUGCGGCCAUGCUGAUGCACCGCCGAUGUUUAUUUAUUCACAUUAUUUUCUGUUUGUCAUCCAUUAAUUCACAGCUUUCAAAUUUUGAUGAUGUGAUUGUGUAUUUUCAGAAUGACAUUGUCGGGUAGGUGUAAGAGGCUGAGUCUGGCUAGUUUGAACAUAAAAUAGGUAGAAUAUUUGUGCUAGAUGUGGCUGGUUUAAAUGCUAAAGGGUUCACUAAAUGUGUAUCUAUUCAGAUAGAUGUGUGACUAUCAAUGUGACCAUUCAUAAGAACAAUAAGCAUUUUGACCUCCUCCUAAAUUGGUGAUAGUGUUGUGGGCUUACUCCAUGGCAAUAAUGAAGCUAUUUAUCAGAGAAUUGCUGUAAUUGUCGGAGUUUCUCCAUGACAAAAUUAAGGGACACUCUCUGCAACUGUAUAUAGAUAUUCAUACAGAAAUGGAGAAAGAACAGUGUGAUAACAGCCUCCCAACUCUAUAGUUUUUCUCACCACAUCUCAUGUAACUUACCUGUGACAUUUUUUCGUUUGUUUGUAAUAAAAGCAAUUUUUUCCAGA